CUCCCCCUCUCCCUUCUCCUCCCCAGUCUCUCCCCCAGUUCUCCCCACCCCUGUUGCUCUCCGCUUCUCUCUCCUCCCGUCCUUCCCCUCCCGCUCCAUCCGGGUAGCCGACGGCUGGCUCUGGACUGGACAGCAGUGGCGGCUGCUUUUCUCUGAGGAGCCUGGUAAAGUUUCACAGGAGCCGAAGAGAGGAGCACCUUCCCCGACGCCGGAGGAGCGCUGGUGUUCGCCGCCGCUGGCUGAAGGAGGAGGGUCCAGGAGCUGGAGACCUGCCUCAGCUGCCGCGCUGCCUCGCUCUCGGGGGGAGGCGCCGCCCCCAGCCGCCCUGGGCUCCCCCUGCCUUGAGGGGCCCGACAUAGGGACACCUCCAACUUGCCAGUGUUUCAGAAGGGAGUUUUUUAUUGAAACUGGAAGACCAGAAGAAUCACAAACAUGUUGUGCUGGGGAAAUGCUUCUUUUGGACAGCUAGGUUUGGGUGGAAUUGAUGAAGAAAUUGUACUAGAGCCCAGAAAAAGUGACUUUUUUAUAAACAAAAAAGUUCGAGAUGUAGGAUGUGGACUCAGACAUACUGUAUUUGUUCUGGAUGAUGGAACUGUGUACACGUGUGGAUGUAAUGAUCUAGGGCAGCUAGGUCAUGAAAAAUCCAGAAAGAAACCAGAGCAGGUUGUUGCCCUGGAUGCCCAAAAUAUUGUAGCUGUUUCAUGUGGAGAAGCUCAUACAUUAGCACUAAAUGACAAGGGCCAGGUGUAUGCUUGGGGUCUCGAUUCUGAUGGACAGCUUGGCCUGCUAGGAUCAGAGGAAUGUAUCAGAGUACCCAGAAAUAUUAAAAGUUUGUCGGAUAUCCAGAUAGUACAGGUUGCUUGUGGUUACUAUCAUUCACUUGCACUUUCUAAAGCAAGUGAAGUCUUCUGCUGGGGACAGAAUAAAUAUGGCCAAUUGGGUUUAGGCAUUGACUGUAAAAAGCAAGCUUCACCACAGCUGAUUAAGUCUUUACUUGGAAUCCCUUUCAUGCAAAUUGCGGCCGGAGGAGCCCAUAGUUUUGUACUCACUCUUUCUGGAGCUAUCUUUGGAUGGGGACGCAACAAAUUUGGUCAACUAGGUCUUAAUGAUGAAAAUGAUAGGUAUGUUCCUAAUUUACUAAAGUCACUAAGAACUCAGAAAAUAGUUUAUAUUUGUUGUGGAGAAGAUCAUACUGCUGCACUAACCAAGGAAGGUGGAGUGUUUACUUUCGGAGCUGGAGGGUAUGGUCAGUUGGGUCAUAACUCUACCAGUCAUGAAAUAAACCCAAGGAAAGUUUUUGAACUUAUGGGAAGCAUUGUCACUCAGAUUGCUUGUGGAAGGCAGCACACUUCUGCUUUUGUUCCUUCAUCAGGACGAAUUUAUUCUUUUGGACUUGGUGGUAAUGGACAGCUAGGAACUGGUUCAACAAGCAACAGGAAAAGUCCUUUCACUGUGAAAGGAAAUUGGUUUCCUUAUAAUGGGCAGUGUCCCCCAGAUUUUGAUUCUGAAGAAUAUUUCUGCGUGAAAAGAAUUUUCUCAGGUGGAGAUCAAAGCUUUUCACAUUAUUCUAAUCCCCAGAACUGUGGGCCACCAGAUGACUUUAGAUAUCCUGAUCCUUCGAAGCAGAUCUGGACUGUGAAUGAAGCUCUAAUUCAAAAAUGGCUCAGCUACCCCUCUGGAAGAUUUCCUGUAGAGAUAGCCAAUGAAAUUGAUGGAACAUUUUCUUCAUCUGGUUGUCUGAAUGGAAGUUUUUUAGCUGUUAGCAAUGAUGAUCACUAUAGAACGGGCGCUAGAUUUUCAGGUGUUGAUAUGAAUGCUGCUAGACUUUUAUUCCACAAACUUAUACAACCUGAUCAUCCUCAGAUAUCUCAGCAGGUGGCAGCUAGCUUGGAAAAGAAUCUUAUUCCUAAACUGACUAGCUCCUUACCUGAUGUUGAAGCAUUGAGAUUUUAUCUUACUCUACCAGAAUGUCCCCUGAUGAGCGAUUCCAACAAUUUCACCACAAUAGCAAUUCCCUUUGGUACAGCUCUUGUGAACUUAGAAAAGGCACCGCUGAAAGUACUUGAAAACUGGUGGUCAGUACUUGAACCUCCGCUAUUCCUCAAGAUUGUAGAACUUUUUAAGGAGGUUGUGGUACAUCUUUUGAAACUCUACAAGAUCGGCAUUCCCCCUUCUGAGAGAAGAAUUUUCAACAGUUUUCUUCAUACUGCAUUAAAGGUUUUAGAAAUAUUACAUAGGGUAAAUGAGAAAUCUGGACAGAUUAUUCAGUAUGAUAAAUUUUAUAUACAUGAAGUACAAGAAUUGAUAGACAUACGGAAUGAUUAUAUCAUCUGGGUCCAGCAGCAGGCCUAUGGAAUGGCAGACCAUUGAAGAUCACAGUAAUCCAAGUCUAUGCCACAGCCACUAAUGCUGAAGAAGCUGAAGUUGAACAGUUCUGUGAAGACCUACAAGACCUUCUAGAAAUAACACCAAAAAAAAAAAAGAUGUCCUUUUCAUCAUAGGGGACUGGAAUGCAAAAGUAGGAAGUCAAGAGAUACCUGGAGUAACAGGCAAGUUUGGGCCUCGAGUACAAAGUGAAGCAGGACAAAGGCUAAUAGUGUUUUGCCAAGAAAACGCACUGGUCAUAGCAAGCGCCCUCUUCCACAGCACAAGAGAAUACACAUGCACAUUACCAGAUGGUCAAUACUGAAAUCAGAUUGAUUAUAUUCUUUGCAGUAGAAGAUGGAGAAGCUCUAAACAGUCAGCAAAAACAAGACUGGGAGCUGACUGUGGCUCAGAUCAUGAACUCCUUAUUGCAAAAUUCAGACUUAUAUAGGAGAAAGUAGGGAAAACCACUAGACCAUUCAGGUAUAACCUAAAUUAAAUCCUUUAUGAUUAUACAAUGGAAGUGACAAAUAGAUUCAAGGGAUUAGAUCUGAUAGAAUGCCUGAAGAACUAUGGACGGAUGUACAUAACAUUAUACAGGAGGCAGUGAUCAGAACCAUCACCAAGAAAAAGAAAUGCAAAACGGCAAAAUGGUAGUCUGGGAAGGCCUUACAAAUAGCUGAAAAAAGAAGAGAAGGUAAAGGAGAAAAGAAAAGAUAUGCACAUCUGAAUGCACAGUUCCAAAUAAUAGCAGGGAGAGAUAAGAAAGUCUUUCUAAGUGAUCAGUGCAGAGAAAUAGAGGAAAACAGUAAAAUGGGAAAGGCUAGAGAUCUCUUCAAGGGAACAUUUCAUGCAAAAAACGGGCACAAUUAAGGACAGAAAUGGCAUGAACCUAACAGAAGCAGAAGAUGUUAAGAAGAGGUGGCAAGAAUACACAGAAGAAUAUACAAAAAAGGUCAUCUUCGUGACCCAGAUAACCACAAUUGUGUGAUCCUUCACCUAGAGCCAGACAUCCUGAAGUACAAAGUCAAGUGGGCCUUAGGAAGCAUCACUACAAACAAAGCUAGUGGAGGUGAUUGAAUUCCAGUUGAGCUAUUUCAAAUCCUGAAAGAUCGUUCUGUGCAAGUGCUGCAUUCAAUAUGCCAGCAAAUUUCGAAAACUCAGCAGUGGCCACGGGACUGGAAAAGGUCAGUUUUCAUUCCAGUCCCAAAGAAAGGCAAUGCCAAAGAAUGUUCAAACUACCGCACAGUUACACUCAUCUCACACACUAGCAAAGUAAUGCUCAAAAUUCUCCAAGCCAAGCUUACAGUAUGUGAACUGAGAACUUCCAGAUGUUCAAGCUGGAUUUAGAAAAGGCAGAGGAACCAGAGAUCAAAUUGCCAACAUACGUUGUGAUAUUGAAAAAGCAAUAAAAUUCCAGAAAAACAUUACUUCUGUUUCAUUGACUGUGCUAAAGCCUUUUGACUGUGUGGAUCACAACAAACUGGGGAAAAUUCUUCAAGAGAUGGGAAUAGCAGACCACCUUACCUGCCUCCUGUGAAACCUGUAUGCAGGUCAGGAAGCUACAAUUAGAAUCAGACAUGGAAUAAUGGACUGGUUCCAAAUUGAGAAAGGAGUACAUCAAGGCUGUAUAUUGUCACACUGCCUAUUUAACUUAAAUGCAGAGAACAUCAUGUGAAAUGCCGGGCAGGAUGAAGCACAGAUUGGAAUCAAGAUUGUCGGGAGAAAUAUCAGUAACCUCCGAUAGGCAGAUGACACCACCCUUAUGGCAGAAAGCUAAGAGGAACUAAAGAGCCUCUUUAGUGUGGCUCACAACAAACUGUGGAAAAUUCUUCAAGAGAUGGGAAUAGCAGACCACCUUAUCUGCCUCCUACAAAACCUGUAUGCAGGUCAAGAAGGAAAGGUUCGACAAAGGUCCGUCUAGUCAAAGCUGUGGUUUUCUUCAGUAGUCAGGUAUAGAUGUGAGAGUUGGACUGUAAAGAAGGCUGAGCACCAAAGAACUGAUGCUUUUGAACUGUGGUGUUGGAGAAGACUCUUGAGAGUCCCUUGGACUGCAAGGAGAUCAAAACAAUCAAUCCUAAAAGAAAUCAGUCUUGAAUAUUCACUGGAAGGACUGAUGCUAAAGCUCCAAUACUUCGGCCACCGGAUUCGAAGAACUGACUCAUCAGAAAAGACCCUGAUGCUGGGAAAGAUUGAAAGCAGGAGGAGAAGGGGACGACAGAGAUGAGAUGGUUGGAUGGCAUCGCUGACUCAAUGGAUGUGAGUUUACGUGAACUCCAGGAGUUGGUGAUGAACAGGGAAGCCUGGCGGGCUGCAGUCCAUGGGUCACAAAGCGUCAGAUGUGACUGAGUGACUGAACUGAACUGAAUUCUAGCAAGGCCUUUCAUUGGUUGUUGUCACCAACUGCAAGUUCCUUGUGAACAGGCUCUCUGUCAAUUUAUUCACCUGUACUUUUUAUAGUGUCUCAUACAUGUCUUGUAGGCCCUUAGAAAGUACAGUAGUUUUUGAAUGGCAGUGCAGUUUACUGCGUGCUCUUUUUAGGGUACUCUUCCCUAUAGGAAUAAGGUGACUUCCGGAACAUCUUGAACACUUUCUAGAACAUAGCAAAGACUUCCCUAGGUACUUAGGUCUUCAUUGGGACAGACUUGUUGAUUAUUUUCCCCAGAAUCACUAGGAGACUCAGUCAGGUUUACAACCAUCCUACAGAUUUACCUCUACCCGUUUGCUCAUUCAGCAAAUUCUUAGUAAGAAUCUACUGUGUAACAGACAGGCUUCCCAGGUGGUGCUAGUGGUAAAGAAUUCACCUACCAGUGCAGGAGAUGUGAGAGACGAGGUUCAGUCCCUGGGUUGGAAGAUCCCCUGGCGUAAGAAAUGAUACCCCCAACCCAUGAUUCUUACCUGGAAAAUUCCAUGAACAGAGUCGUCUGACAGGCCGAAGUCAGACACGACUGAGCAACUGAAAACACAUGUAACAAGCACUUAUUUAGGUAUUAGAAAUACAGUGCUGAAGCAGAUGGAUAAGGCCUGUUCUCAUGAAACUUACAGUCUAGUAGGCAAGAUGAAUAGUAAUCAAGUAAUGUGCACCCUUCUUCCCCUGCCAUAAAAAGCUAAUAAUGUGCACUAUAUAGAGGAUGAAAAUAAGGUAAUAAAGACUGGAUGGUUUCUUGCAGUUGGGUAAUCAGAAAUGUCUUUUCUAAUGAAGUAUGAUCUGUAAUCUAAAUGAGACAAAGCAGCCAUGUAAGAUCAGUGCAAGGAAAAUUUCAGGAAAAAUGAGUAUCUAGUAAAAGACCUUAGGCGAGAACAAGUUUGAUAUGUUUUAUGGAUAGAAAAAGGUGAAUAUAAAAUGGGCUUCCAAGGUGGCUCAGUAGUAGGGAAUCCACUUAUACCAAUGCAAGAGACACAGGAGACACCGGUUUGAUCCUAGGGUUGGGAAGAUCCCCAGGAGUAAGAAAUGGUAGCCCACUCCAGUGUUCUUGCCUGGGAAAUCCCAUGGACAGAGGAGCCUGGUGGGCUACAGUGCCUGGGGUUGCAAAAUGUUGUACAUAACUGACAGACUGAGCACACACAUGGCUAAAAAUAAGGGAAUGGGGAGAGUUCUGAGAAACAAUCAGAGAAACGGGCAGGUGCCAGAUUAUGGAAGGUUUAGUAGAUUAAGAUCAGAAAUACGGUUUUAAUCUGAAGUGUUAUGGUUAGCUGUUGGGUGCUGGUGAUCCUAAGGUGAAUAUUGUACAGUGCAAUUUAUAUUCUGAAAUAACUACCCUGUCAGCUGUGUGGAGGUUGGAAUGAGGGGGAUGGAACAAAAAGUUAAAGGGAGACCAGUUAGAAGAUAGUUUUAGUAGGUUAGGGGAGAGAAAAUGAUGAGUUUGGCCAUGGUUGGUAGUUGUAUAAUGGAAGGAGGAAAUAAAUGGUCUUGAGUACCUCUUGGAGGUAAAAGGGACAAGAAUUAUUGGUAGAUAUGAAAUGAAGAAAGGAGAGAAAUCAACAAAUGAGAUGAAAGGUAGAAGGAAAACUAGAGUAGUGUUGUAGAAACUAAAAAAGGGAAGGAGAAAUCUGUAUUGAAUGCUGUUGAGAAACAGGAUAAAACCAUGGAAUUGAGCAGUGAAUUUGGUUUCAUGAAGGUCACUGGUAACCUUGAUGAUGCCAGUCUAGGGUAAGUUAUGCUUAAGAGAAAUUUAGGGGUGAGGAAUAGGGAACGGCCUUCAUAGGCAGUACUUUCACAGAGUUCUGCACUUGAGAGGAGGGGGUAAGAAAAGUAGAGCUAUAGCUGGAGUCAAGGGACAGCAGUGUUGUGAGAAAGAAAAUCCUUGUCUUCUGGAAAGCUUUGAAUAAACAUUUCCUUUUUCCUUCCCUGUUUUAACUAAAUCUCUCAUCUAGGUAAAGCUUUUCACAGUAUUCCUCUAGAGAACUCCUAAGACAGGAGAGAAAACAUAUUUCUUGAGGUUAUUAAUUUUCCCUCUGCAAGACUUGUUUUCAUCUUUGAGUGAAUGCAGAUUUCAGACUUAAUAAAUAUUUAUUGUAAAAGGAAUUAAAAUUAUUUACCAUUGAGGAGCACUGAUGACUCAGACAAUGAACUUUUUUUAUUCUAAGACUUUGCAUGUAAACUCUGACAUACCAUCUCGGUAACCUCGGUCUUUGAGCAGUGUUUUUGAGACUGCAUUAAUAUAUAGACUUCUUUUAAAAUAAAACAAUUCCUUUAAGAAGCUUAAUGUUCACUUGCCCUGUUUAUGACCAUCUUAUUUAAAUGUAUACAAAUACUGAACUAGUUCUAAACUCCUGGUUCUUAGCUUUUAAAAGAAUUCUAAAGCCAUAACAACUUUGUAAAUUAAUUACAACACUACAGAUUUUAAAAUGAGGUUAUUUAGUAUGGAGGAUGAUUAUGUUGUCUUGAUCAGGAAUCUCCGCUCACAACCUGAUUAAGAAAGGAGUGUUAACAUAAGAGCACUUAGGUUCCUGUAUCACCUCAACAUUUUUUUAGUGUUUUUCUUUUUUAUUAAAUCUAAUUCCUUGUGGUAUACAAUAAAUCCUUGUUGGUUCUCUGUUUUAUGUACAGUAGUUUACAGCUGUAAUGCCCUGCUCCAUUUGUUCCUCCUACUCUCCCCCCCCCCCCCCCGCCCUUGGUAACUAUAAGUUGUUUUCUAUGUGAGUCUGUUUCCGUUUUGUACAUAGAUUCAGUUGUACUAUAUUUUAAAUUCCACAUGUAACUUAUAUCAUAUAGUAUCUGUAUUUCUGUCUGACUUAUUUCACUAAGCAUUUCACUCUGUCCUGAAGAGUUAUAUCAUCUUGGGUCACCGUGAAUUAGAUCUGAUGUCCUUUGACAUCUGAAUUUUUACCUAGUAUGUAGGUUAUAAAACAAUUCUGAUCAGGUUAAGAGAAAAUGGCAGUCUAAUAGAACUCUUAAGGUAACAAGAAUCUUGUGCUUUGUGAUAAAGCUGUGGUUUGAAUGUUUGCUUUUAAACCUUGCAGGCUUAUAUCCAAACUUCUCUUUGUGUAUAACUGUGAUGAUAUCAAAUUGAAUUUCCUUAGGAACUCUUUCAGUGGCCACUGUUUUCUGGUAAGAGGGAGACAGUAGAGGACCAUCUUAUUUCAAGAUUUUCCAAGUUUCUAUACUUGAGAAUUGCUUUCUAUUACUCUGCUCUUUCAACCACAUGAUUUUCCUUUUUCUCCAUUUAUAGACAGACUGGUAUUGAAUAUGUGGUUGUGGCAGUGGAAACUUGUUCUUUAAUACGCACAGUGGAUUUAAUAUCACAUCUUUGAAAUCAGAAUCUAGAACCCAUGAUUUGGGUUCUUCUGGUCUUCUGGAAAUAGAAGGCUGACAAUUUACUUUGAAGGUCUUUGACUAACACAAGUAGUUUAUUAAUUUAUAAUAUGAUAUCUGAAGGAGCAUUCUGUGGGAGAAUUCAAACCACUUCGACAUUUACAUGUAAUGCUAAAGGCCUUUUUCCCCUGAGACUGUUUAAUAAAAUUCAUACUUGGAUUACUAGUGUUGACACUAGGUUGAACAUCAUAUUGGCCUUGUAAGUAAAGUUAGUAAAGUUUAAAGAGUCUGUCCUAAAGAUCCAAGUUAUUUUGUGAUGAUAUAGAUAUGUAUAUGUGUAUUUAUAUAACCAACAGAUAUAUACACAUAUAUAUGUACUUUAUGUAUACAACAUACAUAUGUAUAACAUUAUUGAAUAAGAGUUAUGAUCUUGAAAUAAUUCCAUUCCUUUGAUGUGAAAGUUUAAAAUAUUCCUUGAUAGAACAUAGUUACUAUGAAUUAUAAAAAAUGUCUAUAAAUUUUAUUUAUAUAUACAUGUAUUUUAUAUCUAUAUGUAAAUAUACACACGGUGCUGUGCUGUGCUGAGUCGCUCAGUCAUGUCUGGCUCUUUGCAGCCCCAUGAGCUGUAGCCCUCCAGGCUCCUCUGUCCAUGGGAUUCUCCAGGCAAGAAUACUGGAGUCGGUUGCCAUGCCCUCCGCCAGGGGGUAUUUCCAACCCAGAGAUUGAACCCAGGUCUCGUUCAUUGCAAACAGAUUCCUUAUCGUCUGAGCCACCAGGGAGACAAAAUAUAUGCACAUCUGUAUGUGAAACUUCACCUUGUUCUAAACACUGCAAGGUGAUUAUUUCACCUUUAUUAUAUUUCUCUUUAUGCUAUAGUCUGUUGAGAUUUUUUUUUCCUCAGAUUUUCUUUCCCAGUUAAGUAUUUAAGAAUCCAUCAGGUUUAUAAACCUCAAACACAGGGCUAUAUGUCAUUUAUAAUUCAAUAGAACCAGAAGGAAAAAAAAAUCCCUUAGGUGUAUGCUUCUAAGAAUGCAUCAGGUAUAUGCUUUCCUUGUCUCUAAAUAUUAAAAACUAAUUCUGUGAAUUUUUUGCACCCCUUAUAAUGUCCUUUUGUAUGGCUGAGACUAACUUUUCACCUCAUUCUCUCCUAUUUUCCCAUCCUCUUUCAUCUGUUUCCCUCUACAUUUCUGUGAAGUUUUUGCUUGAUCCUCCUACUCCUGCCACUUACUAUUACUAUAUAAGCUUCUCUGUUUUGUUUUUGCAGACUCUGAUAUUAGGAUAUGAAACUUUUUUUCAGUUGGAUCCCUUUUGCUUUUUAUCUGUUUUUCUCCCUCUACAGUAAAUAGUUUCAUGGCAAGGGUAUGUGAGUUUUCUCUUUAUCUUCUACUAUUUGAUGUUUUUUUCCCCACUUUCUAGAUAUUAUUCUUAGUUUAUUUGCUUACUUCUUUUAAUUUUGCUCUAAAAUUUUUUCUAAAAAUACUUUAGUGAGGAAUUCCCUAGUGGUCCAGUAGUUCUGGUUUUCACUGCCAAGGGCCGGGUUCGAUCCCUGAUAGGGAGCUAGGUUCCCGCAAGCUGUGAGGCAUAGUCAAAAGACAGAAUUACUUUAGUGGUUACAACUAAUCUUUUUGCUGCUUUUUCUUCCCUUUCUUAUCCUUUUUGUUACUAUACAAUAUCAAUAUAUAUCUAGCAAAAAUUGAUGAAUGUAUAGACAGGUCUGUGCUGAGUCUUUGCCUGUUAUAAUUGAAUCAAAUUAAACAUUUUUUAAAGUGUAUAUUCAUUUAUUUCAAGAACUGUGUAUGCCUGUGUCAGAUACAAGUAAGUACUAAUUAAAUACAUUUGAUAAAUUGGUGAAAUUUUUAGUCUUUGAUAUUAUACUUUAUAUAUUUUUAAGUCAUAACUUUUAUUUCAGUAUUAAUUUUGCCAUUUUUAUAAGUCAUUACUGUAUUUGUUCUGUGGAGUUAAGGUUUUAUAGGACAAUGUUGAGCUAAUGACAUGACAUGCUCACCAGCAAACCAGGAAGAUAGACUGAUGUAACAGCUGGGAAGACCAGCUGGUACUUCCUGGGUUUGAGCUUCUUCCUCAUUUAAUGAAAUGAAGAAAUUAAAGUACAUUUGCAUACUUUAAUAUUUGUGAUACAUUUAAUACUUGCAUUAUAAACCUUGUAGCUGUAAUAUUUCCCAGAACAUUCUCACUUGCUUUUUAAGGCCCCUUGUCAUCUUUAAUGGCAUUAGUAUUUUGUGGAUUCUUGGAGUGAUUCCUUAUGCCUUGGAUUACCAAGUUAUAUUUGUAUAUUUUUCAUUUUCUUCAUGUUUUAGGAGUAUCUUUUAUAUUUCUGUCUAGUCACCAACACUUUAUAUUUAUCUGAAUUACUUCAGUAACUUCGGUAUCCUCUGUUUAUACUUAGAGUAAUUCUGUGUUACACCCUUAAAUAAUGAUGUCACCAGCAAUGAUACAGUGUUUUGUCAUAAGUAAUAUGUUGAAACUAAAACGUGCCAAGGGAUUGCAUCUUUUUAUGUCUAAAACUUAAAUUAUCAUUCACUGUUGAUGUUUAAAGCACUCUUAGUGAAGUUUGCUUCAGACAAUGAGACCUGACUUUUGAACAUUCUUUCAGGCCUUUCUCACUCUGGUUUCUAGGACAUUGGGUAAAUAAAAUUAGGCAUACCUUGACCUAAUUUCAUGGGCCCCAGUCUACAAACAGCCAAAAGAUAGUGCUUGGGUAUGUGGAUUUGGAGCCAAGAGUGGACUGCGGAUUAAAUGAUACAGUGGAUUUUCAGCAGUGGACCUUUAGUUGACCACAUGUAUUUUGCUAGUAUUUUGUCCCCAUACUGCCCCCCUGCCCCACCCUGCCGCCACCACCACUUUUUCUUUUAAAUUUCCCUUGGAAAUGCUACUGUGACUCAGUUAGACCUGAAACUAAUAUGAUAUUUCCCAGAGGAGUUUACCCUUGCUUUUUUACCUGUUCACUUUGUUUUCAAUGUUUAAGCUUUUGUCUUAGGUUUCUUAACACUUAAAUUGAAAUUUCUAAUGGUGAUCUUAGUCUGGUUUUUCCUUUGAUGCUUCUUCCCUAGGUAAAUCAUUUUGCUUGGUAUCUUGUAAUCUCUCUUCUUUUCCCAAGUUAUCCACGUCCCAUUAUUCAUAUUUCUUCUAGCUUACAUCUCUCUCUACAAUCAGACUUAUGGUUUAGUUGCACUGUAAAUUCUGACAGUCUUCCCAAUGCAAAAUGAUAUGCCUAGCAUCUUUCUCUGUUACAUGUAGCAACAAAGUACAUAUAGGUUAGUGUUUCAUUAUAAAUAGUAAAAUCCAUCUUCCAUGAUACCAGGUAUGAAACAUAGUUAUCAAAUUGGCCAUAGGUAGUCAGAAAAAUGUUGAAAGGUUUCUUACUCACACUUUCUUAGUUGUAGUAGGACUUUAAAAACAUCCCACAAGAUAUGUUUAGUACUAUACAAGUAUUUCAGGUGUUCCUGUUAAGUUGCUUUAAAUUAAACUGAGUGUAAUCUAAAUGGCUUUUUCUGCAGGACAGCUUCUAUAAUGUAUUGCUAGCACUGCCAUUGGGACGCAUAUGUGGUGAUAAUUUGGUACUCAGAGUUUUUUUAAUUAAACGAUUGUAAAUAUUUAUCUUUCUCAGAAUAGGAAGUUAAAGUCGUACUUACUUAUGCUUAUAUUGUCUUGGCUUUAUUUGGCACAAUAUAGUGAAUAAACCCUAAAUGUUUGCUAAUAUAUUAAAGUUUCCAAUGAUACCCCUUGAGGCAUAUGCAAGAAUCUAGCCAACUGCAGAGUUAGAACAGUUCACAAAGACUGCCGUCACUUCUGAUAACAAUUGCGAGGUUGGAAGAUUCCUGGAACCAUUCUCAGGUUCAGUAAUUUGCUACGAAAUUCACAGAACUAAUUGAAAAGUAUUGCAUUGACAUUUACAGUUUAUUAUAAGGAAAGAAUUCAGAUUAAAAUCAGCCAAGGGGAAAAGUGCAUAGGUAGAGUCUGGGAAAGGUACCAAAGACUGAACUUUUGUCUUCCUCUCCCUGAGGAGUCAUGGACAAGUUACUUUCCUAGCAUCUGUUUGUGUCAAUACUCAGAGAGUAUUGUCAACCAAGGCAGCUCACUAGAGCCUUGGUGCCCAGAGUUUUUACUGAGGCUCCAUCACAUACUGCCUAUAUGGCUGGCCUUUACUUGCCGACCCUUUUGUAGUAAGAACUGAUAACCAUGUAUCCCAGAGUCUCCAGGCAAACAAUGAUACUCCUGUUGAGGUAUGAAAUUCCAAAGUCCUAUAGAUUGUCUUCCAGGGCAAAAUCAGACUACUGGGAGAUGAUCUCUGUGGGUAAAAUUAACUCCUCACUGUACAAGGUACCAUCUGCAAAUUUAGUAACAUACUUUUGGAGAUUUUAACCCUUUAUUUGAGUCUGCACUGUAAGCAUACGUGAAAGCUGUUUUCAAGAAAGUGUUGUACAUUUCUGUUCAAUGCAGUGGUAAGCUUUCAUUAUAAUUUUCGUUAUUCUGUCCUUCAUGAAUAUUUCUGUCUCUUCCAUUUCUUGUUUCUACUUAACAACCCCUAUGCCCUGUCUUGUCCUUCCUAUUUUAAGCUAAUUUAAUGUUAAAGAAUCCUUAGUAUUUAGAUACCUGCAUUUCACUGGUUAUUUUUGAUGAAUAACAACAACUUAUGGCUUAUUUUCUCCAUGUAGCUCUUUAAUCUACUAAACACUUUUUAAACAUUUUGUCAAGAUUAACCAAGUCUUUGAGGAAUAUUUUCUCCCAUUUUCCAAGUGGAGAAAUUGGGCCAUAAAAUUAUUUCAAGACCAAAUUAGUUGUAAGAGUAGUUUUUCUGUUCUGCUUAAAUUCUGCAAAUGACAUAGUUACUUGCUGAAACCAAAUUUCAUUAUGUUCAAGCCUCAAUGAUUUUCUGAUCACAAGAUAUCUGAAAGAAAGCUCUUACUACACUUAUAGAUAUAUAAGGUAUAUGUAGAAAGGGUAAGUUUUGUUGUAGAUGUAUUUUGGUCUACUUCAUUAAUUCAGUAUUCUACUGUAGCAGAAUAAAUGAAAUGCUACUUUGAAUAGAAAUGGUUAAAUUUGGACACUAACAUUGCUCUUUCCUCAUUACUGUUACAUUCUGCACUGC